AUGGAUAGAAAUGGAAACCCCUUUUUCAAGACUGUUAACAACGGUUACGGUGAGUCUUGGCAAGCCAGUGGUGGAGUUGAUCCAAGACACAUGCAAGAAACCCCUGAGUACAAAGACCUUGGUGAACGUGAGCUUGCAUUGAAGAAUUCUCUUAGAACAUACAAGCAUGAAGUCCUUAAGGAAAUGAGAGAGAACGGAGAAUUAGAUACUCAGAUUUAUGAGAGAAUAAAGAAUGACAUGAAUGUUGCUAAGAAGUCUUCAGUCAUUCCUAAAGAUUUCCCAGGCGCUAGAGAUGAGAUGAAGUAUCCAGAGCCAGGUCUAAAUAUUGGCAAUUUGUUGUACAGAACUUCAAACAUGGGUUACGGAACAACCAAACCAUCGGAUCAAGACCUUCCCAAUUUUACCAAGCAGUUCUUAGGCGGUAACUUCCACGACACAGGACUGAACACAAACAAAACCCCAAGCAGAGUUCACAUGAACUAUGAUUAGUGA